AGUAUCUAGUUACACAUACACAGAACGGGAGAGAGCAUUUAUGAGGGCCACUAUGUAGCAGGUAGUUACAAGAAGCGUACAGGAAAAAAAGCAAACACUCAGAAAACAGGCAACUCGCAAAAUAAAGGAAAACAAAGAGGGAGGGAGAGGAGAAAGUUUGAGUACAAGAGGAGAUAAAUAGUCACUGUGCUACAGAGUACACGAGGAGUCGACUGAAGGGCACAAGAGUGAAGAACGGUUUGCUUCCAUAAAGGACAUUCCAGCCCAGCUGAAAGAAAAUUGUAUCUCAUUAUCCAUUGAGUUUCACCUGACUUGCAGUGUUGCAGGCUGUGCUUUAAGCCUGUAUAAUGGCAGAGGCUCAUCAGGCAGUGGCAUUUCAGUUCACCGUCACACCUGAUGGCAUUGACCUACAGUUGAGCCGCGAGGUUCUCAAACACAUCUACCUAUCUGGAGUGACAUCAUGGAAGAAACGUGCCAUCCGCUUCAAGAAUGGUGUUCUCACAGGAGUUUACCCUGCUAGUCCCUCCAGCUGGUUAAUUGUAGUUAUUGCAAUAAUGAGCACCAUGUAUGCCAGGAUCGACCCCUCCAUGGGCAUGAUUGACAGGAUCAAGACUUCUCUACCUGUGAGCGAGUUUAUGACCCUUCAGACUAAGACGGUGUUGAGUGCCAUCCUGUUUGCCACAGGCCUGUGGUUAUCAUUCAUCUUUCUGCUGAGGUACAUCCUGAAAGCUCUCCUGUCCUAUCAUGGCUGGAUCUUUGAGUCACAUGGCAAAAUGAGCUUCUUUACUAAAGUCUGGCUGAGUCUUGUAAAGCUGUUGUCUGGCAGACGACCGUUGCUUUACAGCUUCCAGGCAUCUCUUCCCCAUCUGCCAGUACCGAGUAUUGAUGAUACAAUCAGCAGGUAUCUAGAAUCAGUUCGACCUCUUCUGGCUGAUGAGCAAUAUAAACAGAUGGAGAUUGUUGCUAAUGACUUCAAAAAGGACCCUGCACCCAAACUCCAAAAACACCUCAAACUCAAAUCCUGGUGGGCCACAAAUUAUGUGAGUGAUUGGUGGGAGGAGUACAUCUACCUGAGAGGACGGGACCCCAUCAUGGUCAACAGCAACUUCUACACAAUGGAUUUACUCUAUGUGGUCCCUACACACAGACAGGCUGCACGAGCAGCAAACGUAGUCCAUGCCAUGCUGCAGUAUCGACGUAAGCUGGAGCGAGGAGAACUUACCCCGCUGAGAGCUCUUGGGAUUGUCCCCAUGUGCUCUUUUCAGUAUGAGAGAAUGUUCAACACCACCCGUAUUCCUGGUAUUGAGACCGAUUUCGUGCAGCAUCUGAAGGACAGAAAGCACUUGGUUGUGUACCAUCGAGGCCGUUUCUUUAAGGUUUGGCUGUACUACGGUGGUCGCCAUCUUUGGCCCUCAGAGCUUGAGUUGCAGUUUCAACGUAUCCUAGAUGACAAGUCUGAGCCUCAACCUGGAGAGAUCAAGCUCCCUUCACUGACUGCUGGGAACAGGGUUCCCUGGGCCAGGGCCCGUUUGAAGUACUUUAAUGCAGGGGUCAACCGGGCGUCUCUGGAGGCCAUUGAAUCGGCUGCAUUUUUUCUGACUCUGGACGAUGAAGCGCACGGAUAUGAUCCAGAGAACAUACGGUCCCUAGACCUCUACGCCAAAUCUCUACUGCAUGGAAAGUGCAAUGACAGGUGGUUUGAUAAAUCCUUCACAUUGAUUGUCUACAAGAAUGGUAAAAUCGGCGUCAACACUGAGCAUUCAUGGGCUGACUCCCCUAUCAUAGGACAUAUGUGGGAGUAUGUUUUAGCCACAGACAGUUUCCACCUUGGAUAUACGGCAGAGGGACACUGCAAAGGAGAUAUCAACAAAAGCCUAGCAUCACCUACCAGACUACAAUGGGACAUCUCGAAAGCAUGCCAGGAGAUUAGGGGUUCUUACAUGAUUGCAAAGGGAAUUGCUGACGAUGUGGAUUUCCACUGCUGCUUGUUUAAUGAGUUUGGAAAGGGCCUGAUAAAGAAAUGCAGAACAAGUCCUGAUGCUUUUAUCCAGCUGGCACUGCAGCUAGCUCAUUACAGGGACAAGAGCGAAUUUUGUCUGACGUAUGAAUCGUCCAUGACACGCAUGUUCCGCGAGGGCCGGACGGAAACCGUGCGCUCAUGCACAUGUGAGUCCACGGCUUUCGUAAAAGCAAUGGAGGACGAAAGAACCACGACUGAGCAAAGGUUAGCGCUCUUCAAGAAAGCCGCAGAUAAACAUCAGAACAUGUACCGUCUGGCCAUGACAGGGGCCGGGAUCGACCGCCAUCUCUUCUGCCUCUACAUCGUGUCCAAAGUAAUGGCCAUUGACUCACCCUUCCUCAAACAGGUUUUGUCGGAGCCCUGGCGCCUCUCCACCAGUCACCCUCAACAGCAGCUCAACCUCAUCGACAUUCAGAAGUUUCCCAAAUUUGUGGGAGCUGGAGGCGGCUUUGGGCCUGUUGCUGAUGACGGUUAUGGGGUUUCUUACAUCAUUGUCGGCGAGAAUCUCAUUACAUUUCACAUUUCCAGCAAGUUCUCCAGCCCUGAAACGGACUCUUUUCGUUUCGAGAACAUCAGACAAGCCAUGCUGGACAUAAGAGCUCUAUUCAACCCGAAAGAGAAGAAGAUGUGACUCCUGAAAACAGCUGACCCAAACUGAAAGCACCGGUUUAAAGAAAAUAAUCUGAGAAAACAGCACAAAAAGCAACCAGUAGAUUAUGUUAGUAUUAUAUAUAACUUGUAAAUAUAUUGUAGCUAUUUAUAGCAAAGAAGUGCUUUAGUGCACUAGAUAUUUUAGAGCAAAAUGGGAAAAGAAAGUGCAAAAAAACAAACAAAACAAAACUGUAUUUAAUUGUAAAUAUUUCAGCAUGUAGUAUUUGGCAAAUGACUGUAUAUAUUUCAUUUGUGCAUAUUUACUUCUGAAAAUGUUGAAGGUACUGUGCACUUAAUUAAACUGAAACUUUACACAUAAAA